AUGCAUCUCAUCCUCACCGGCGCCACCGGCCUCGUCGGCUCCGCCGUUCUUGAGGCCAUGAUCAAGGCCGCCGACGUCACCCAAAUCACCGUCCUCAGCCGGCGCCCCGUGCCCCUCGCCGACGCCGCCCGCAGCCCCAAGGUGCGCGUCCUCCUACACCGCGACUUCGCCGCCUACGACGACCCGGACCUGCUCGCCCGGCUGCGCGGCGCCUCCGGCUGCGUCUGGGCCCUCGGCGUCAGCCAGACCAAGGUCGCCCGCGACGAGUACGUCAAGAUCACCAAGGACUACGCCCUCGCUGCUGCUACUGCUUUCUCCGGCCUUGGCGGCGGCGACCCGCCUUUUCGCUUCGUCUACGUCUCCGGCGAGGGCGCCACGCAGACGCCGGGCCGCUUCUCGGCCGUGUUCGCGAGGGUCAAGGGCGAGACGGAGAGCGCGCUGGCGGACCUGGCGGCGGGUUCGGGGGGCGCGCUGCGGGCGGACUCGGUACGGCCGGCGUUCGUGGACGCGGCGGGGCACGAGGCGAUCAGGCCGUACAUACCGGACCCGGGACUGCUGUACCGUGCGACGGCAGCCGUCUUGAGCCCCGUGGUCCGGGCGGGCAUGCAGGGCAGCCACUCGCCGACGCCGAUGCUGGGCAGCUUCCUGACGCAGAUGGCCACGGGGAGGAAGGACGGCGGCUUAGAGGCGACCGGCGCAUUUCGCCUGGGGUCGUCGUGGAUAGUGCCCAACGUGGCAAUUCGCAAGUCCAUGGGCUUGUGA